AGAACCUCUCCAUCUCUCUGGUUUUUCGACACUCCUCCUCCUCUUUCCAGCAUCCCUAAUAAGACACAUGCUCCUGGGCUGGGUUUCUCACUCAUGUUCAGAUCUCCUUGCCACGACUUUAUCAAGCUUCUCUCCUUAGUUUUGUCUUCAUGGGUUGAAGGGCUGUUUGCGUUGUCCACAAGUUCUCAUCUCACCUCCUGAUCUUUUCAUCCAAACUUCAUCGCUAUCAUCCACUUCGUCUGGUUUAUUCCACCGAAAUGUUUGGACUUUUCGCAACGGCCGAGUCCUCCAGCGAAGAGGGCUGCAAUCGGGUGUAGUCGACUUCAUCUACAGCAAUCCACCUGCCGCAGCGUGAAAGGGGUCCCCUUAGCUGUGAUCUGUCUGCCUGCAGGGGGGACCCAGCGCGACUGGGCAGCAGGGACUAUGCAUUUGGGACUGGUGGUGCUGACAGUGGUGUUCCUCAGCUCCAUGGGUCACGGUGAUAACCUCAAGGUCUCCAAAGGAAGAAGACAGAGAAGAAUAAGCACUGAAGUACCACCAUUGUGCUCCAAUGGCUGUGAACACUGCUCAGAGUACAACGGAUGUCUGAAAUGUCGGCCACGGCUCUUUAUCCUAUUGGAGAGAAAUGACAUUCGUCAGAUUGGCGUUUGCCUCGCUGCCUGUCCUGUUGGAUAUUUUGGCAUUCGUAAUCGGGAAAUGAACAAAUGUACACAAUGUAAAAUAGAAAACUGUGAGGCGUGUUUUAGCCGAAAUUUUUGCACAAAAUGUAAGGAGGGCUUGUACUCGCACAGGGGCCGAUGUCUCUCCAGCUGUCCUGAUGGGUUCAGCACUGUCAAUGGCACCAUGGAGUGUGCAGUCCAAUGUGAUCUGAGCGAAUGGACUCCGUGGGGCCCUUGUAUGAAGAAGAACAAAACAUGUGGCUUUAAAAAGGGUAACCAGACCCGUACCAGGGAGCCUUUACAGCUUCCAAGUCCUGCCACCUCCACUGGGAUUGUACCUCCCCUGGGCUGCGUCCCAGAGAUCCAGACUCAAAGAUGUACCAUGCAGAAAAAGAUCCCUUGCAAAGGAGAAAAGAAGAACUCACAGAACCAUGGAGAUAAAAAUGGCAAGAACAGAGGCCGGGACUCCAAGGAGGGUGGCAGAGGGGGAAACAAGAGGAAAAAGACCCAAAACAGGGCAACCACUGACCCCACCAUUACAACUAGCACAGUGACCUAACCUUAUCGUGGCAUUGGGUGGGCUCAAGAUAGGAGAAUGAUCCAACCUUUUUGACUGAAGAGAAACUAUAUUUGAUCAUGACAGUAUCAAAAUUAUGCAAAAAAGAAAGAACGCUGCUACACACAAAAUAUGCUCAAUGAAGACACCAAGGAACAGGGUUGGAAAGUCUCAUGCUUUUGGAAGCAGGGUUGUUUGUAGCCACAGGAAACAUAAUUGUUUGUGGUUGGAGAAAUGUUUAAUUUGUUCCUUUUGUAGACCUAGCACAAGGUUUCCAAAUUUAAGAGACGCGCCAUCCUUCUUUAAGAACAUCUAUAAUGCAUUAAAAUCCCUGUGGUUCACCUAUCCAGCUUUCAAAAUUGAAUCUCAUUAUGUAUGUAGCACACAGUCUGGAGUCUGUCUGUGACUAUUUUGUAAAACAGACUUGGAGGGUGAAAGUAAUAUUAUGUUGCUUUGUUUUUAUAUCUGUUGUUUAUUACAAACAAAUGGCACUGGAAUUGAUCAUGUGGUUUACAGAGAGAAUGUGGAGGAAAAUAAAUUUAAUGAUGUUUUCUUUUUGACAAAAAAAGAUCUAAAUACCCAAAUGACCCAAAAAGAAUGCAAACGUAUAACUGUUAGGGCAGUUUUAAUUGUUUUGGUGGCCUACGUAAAGUAAAAGAUUGUUUGUAUUGUAUUGUAUUGUAUUGUAUUAUUGUUUUCUACAGAAAAGAGGGCUACAAUAAUGUGAGAAAUGUAUAGUUUAAAAUAUGUUUAUGAAAGAUUGUGUGUUUUUCAGUCUGUCCUUGUAUGCACCUUUAAGGUGGUAGGAAGGACAACGGUAGAGCGGUUUUCUACUUGCAGAAGUCCACAUUACACUUUAUUUGUGACGAAACUAUUUAGGAAAAUUUCAGCAAAAUGCUUUACAGGUUACCAUGUUAGUUCAGUUAUGUUUGCAACGGGCAAUAUAGCACAUUAUUCAUUAGCAGUGACAUGCUUAGCUGUAACAUGAAGUGAUAGAGAAAGAAUUUCUGUACAUCAUACAGUUGUUUCUGUCUAGCAAGUGAGACAUUUUCUAGCUUUUGUUAGUCUGUCUAGACUUUUAAAUAAUAAAAGUCUUGCAUACAAAUCAAAAGAAAGGUACAAUGUACUUAAAUAAACAUCUGGAUUCAG